AUGAAUUGUUUAUAUGAAAAAUUAGAGAGUAAAAUAAAUUGCUUCGAAAAAUUAAAAGGAGAAUGUGUGGCAAAAGAAGAGUACAACCUGGCAAGUGAACUUAAAAAAAUUGUAAAUCUUUUUAUUUUUUUAAAAAAUGUAAUCACGUUUUUAAAAGAAAAAAAAAAGAAGUACGUUAAAGAAGAAAAUUAUGGAAAAGCUAAAAGGCUAAAAGAGAAAGAAGUAAAGAUAAAAAUUAUAAUAAAAAAUAUAGAAGAAUUAAAAAUUGUAGAUGACUGUUCCAGAAAAUGGUAUUCUGAAUGGCUAUCUCUCUAUUACAAAGAACUGGAAUUUUAUGAAAAAGAGAUAAAUAAAAUUAUGUCUAGUGAAAAUAUAAAAAUUAUAAAAAAAAAAUCCGGGCUUUUUGAUCAGUGCAAUGCAAAAAAUUAUAACGGUCUAGAUUUAAAAAAUGUUCUUCUAUUCAUCUGUAGUGAUGAUGAAAAGAAAAGAGAAUUGGGCUUUGACUUAUCCUACAAACCGUUCGAAGAUCAUGGUAAAAGAAAUAAAAAUUUUUGGCAUAAUAAUAUAGAACCCUUGUGCUUAAUUAUUAAAAGAGGAAUAUCAGAUCCAUGUUACAACAUAUUUAUAAAAAGUGUCGUCACUUUAGAAAAAAUGCUAAUUUUGUUCCAAGAUUAUUUUGUUAAAGUGGACAACAUAGAUGCUGAUAAAUCUAAUAGCAAAAGUGCAAAAUACAUAAAAUGCAUAAUUUCAGCACUUUUGAAACGUCUAGAUGAUUCUAACCUUGACGUUGUAGAUAUCUGUAUAAAAACAAUAAUGAUGAUGCUGCAUAACAAUUU